ACAGGUAGAUAAGGGCUGGGUUUCAGUGGCCAGGUCUGAACCUUGCUCCCUGGAGUGCUGCACCUCACCUGUUGUUUCAGGAAAUGAAGCUUGGAUCCACUUUGCAGCAGGAGCUAACACAAUAAGAAACCUGAAAAGUGUUGUUCCUGGGGAUUUAUUUGGGCCGAACAUACUUCAACCAAGUGCUACAGAUGAUUCACUCAGGUCUAAUUAGAUCAACAACACGAGCAUGACUGUUUCCUGGAAGUCAUGGGCUAACCUCCUCCACAUCUGUCUGUUACUGUGUGCAACUGGAGUGGUGUCAGAAGAGGUCCAGCUGGAGCCGCUGAAUUCAACAGUGCUGGAAGGUUCUGAUGUCCGAUUCAACGCCACGGUGGUGGGAACAUGGCAGAUCAUGACAUGGACUGUUCAAGAGUUCCUGGUCCUCACUGUCGACACAACAGGUGAUAUAACCCCAUCAUCAGAGCAGUUUUCUGCCAGAUUCUGCUCCAGUGACAACAGCUGUGUGGAGUUCACCAUCCAUAAUGUGACCCGCAGUCAGUCCGGGUCGGUCACCUGCACCGUGCAAGGAAGCUUCAGACCAACAACAGCACAGCUUUAUGUACAAGAGAGUGGUGCAGUCAGCAUCGUGGGAGGAAACAUGACGGUGAAUCAGGACCAGCAGGUGGAGUUUCAGUGUGUAACAACUGCCUGGUUCCCUGCUCCUGCUAUCAGCUGGACACGAAAUGGUGCAGCUGUGAACAGCAGCUUGUACAACACUACCAGCAUGACUGAUGGGGAUUCCUUCAACUCCACCAGCAUCCUGCAGUUCCAGGCAGUCAGCAACACAACAGUCACAUGUCUGGCGACUGUGCCGACACUUCCAAACCCACAAUCCAGCUCUGUCUUCUUAGAAGUUGUUCCCAAACCUCCUGACUGGACUGUGCUGAUAGCUGUGGUUGUGUCCUUUGGAAGUGCUGCUCUGCUGGCUUUACUCAUCAUCGGAAUCAUCUUCUGCUACAAACGCAGGAAAGAACAAAAACCCAACUACCAAGAUGACAUGAGGAGAGUGAGGACACAGAGCCAGUUAAGUGGCGUCAAUGCAGCUUCUCGGAAACGAGGACAAGAUAACGCAGCAUAUGUACCAGAGGGUCAGACAAACGUUGCUCCCAGUGAACUCACUGACGGUGGCUUUUUUCAGAUGCCAGACGUUGUGAACAUCACCCACACAGGGACUGGCAGCAGCAGCACCGACAACACUGGGGAUGAAUCAGGCUUCAAGAAACACAGACAUGUCACCAUUGUGUGAGCACACACACAGGACCGACAAGUCUGCGAUGGGAAGAACUUGUACAUCACCUGUGUCUCUCUCGUUGUUUCUCUGCUUCCAUCCCUCUCCACCUCCACCACUCCACGAGCUUUCUCUCCUUCUCUCCCCAUGGUGGUCGCGAAAGACAGGGAAAAAAGCACGUCGACCUACAGCUCCGAAGUGAGCGGUUUCUGCGACGAACGAGGCAGAGAGCCGACUAUUUCUUUUCAUUCGUGUCUCUCCCUUGACGUUACUUUGCGUCCUUUCUCUCGUUCUCACCGCGUGGUGAUUGUGAAAGACAGGGCAAAAAGUGCAUGGACCCACGGCUCCGAAGUGCGCGGGUUACGCAAAGAUCAAGGCAGCAAGCCGACUCUUUCUUUUUGGUUUGUUUUGAAAACCUUUAAGCUGGAGUAUCAUUUCUAAAUUACAGAGGGGGAUAAUAUUUAGAGAGAAAAAAAACCCACUUUGAGCUGAAGUUACAAAGAUUCCAGAAUCAGCAACAGUGUAACAGUAUGGAACGUGGUCCUGCGUCGUUGUUCCUGAUGCACAAACGCUUCACCUCAUCCAAAUCUUGGCUUCUUCUGAAUAAGCCCAACAGCAAUGUCUCUUCAAGUCUGGAUGCCUAUGUUAAUAUGAUGAUUUUGUGCUAAAAAUCAGAGUAUUUCCUGAUUGCUAAAUGUAAUUUGAUCAGGUCAUCCACUGCAGUCAUGACAAGUGGUGGCGUCUGUGGAAUGAUGAGGUUGAUCCAACUUAUCAGAAUGAAGCAAAGCUGUUCCUUGACAAAAAUGUGUAACAUUUAAACCAGAUGAUUGGGUUAAAAAAAUGCAAGGUUUUGAAUUGUAAAUUUGGCAUAAAUAUUCUCAUAAAUUUACAGCAUUCAUCUCA